UCAUUAUUUUCCUGCAAUUAAGCGAAACUAUGUUAAUAAUUGCGUGUUUAACUUUGAAUAGAAUCGAUAAUUAAAUGAAAAAAAUUGAAAGAUUACAAAAUGUUCGUCUAAAAUAUGUUAAAUUAUUGACUGAAAGCCUUCUAUGUGCAAAGAGUAGUAAACUUUUUUUUUUUGCAACGAAUCUGUCGAAGGUGGAACAUUUUAUCGAAAAAGAGGAAAAGCAGAGCAUCGCAAUGUUGCUGUUGGUCGUCAACAUCUCCAUCGUAUUGCAUAAAUUUUUGAUAAGACCUUUAAAAAGAUGUAAAUUUCAUAUGGAAUUUUAAGGAAAGUGAGCGGUGGUGCAAAAAGAACAAAAAAAAAAAGUUCAGAAGAAGCAGCAUAUAGUAGUGUUGAGAAAAGUAAGAAUAAGUCCAAGAGAAAAAAUUUACCACUCGUAGUCAAUGUGUUGUUGUUAUUAUUAUAUUUGCUGUUCUAUAAAAUUUGUAUCGGCAUAGUAUUUGUAAUACUUAUUUAUUAAAUUUGCAUAAAAUAGAAAAAUAAUGCACUUUAUUUAAUCACAUUGAAUAAAAAUCGCGGUGCUAAGCACCAUAGCAGCAAUUGUGCAGUUUUCUAAUUAGCAUCAAGCUGUUGCAAACUAAACUCAAACAAUUUUGGACAUGGUUAGUUGCUAAGAUCUUUUUACAAUUAAAGUGUUUACAAGCAAUAAUAAGAGAAUGGGCUUGAAGUAUGGAUUUUAAUCUUUCUUCAUUUAAGUGCCAGGAUCAAUAUUCAAUACAAAUAACAAUUCUACAAGCACUUGCAUUACCAUCAAUUAUUAAUUGACGGGACAAUAUCAUCGAAAUACGAUUUCAAAUAGUUUUGAAUUAAUUGGCUUAUUUGCUUUCAUAUCGACAAGAAGCCUGUCGCUUUACAGGCCAUUUCCACUUAUUUUUUACCUGGUCGCGUUAAACAAAAUCUGCCACCAUUCGGAAAAAAAAUACUUCCAACAUGACCCAUAAUCUCGGUAUGGCGCCAUAUCGUUUGCAGGGUCCAGCGGGAGGAUUGUGUCCUCCCGACUUCAAAGCGCCUCCUCCAACUUCGGAAAUAAUCUCGGCGCCGAGUAAUCCGAAAAAACGACGGAAAACAUCGAAUGCCACGUCUGCUGCAGCGGCAGCCGCAGCAGCGGCGGCUAGUUCGAUGCAACAAUCGCAAACUCCUCCAACACCACAGGAUUUGCUGCCACCACCCCCAAUGGGUGGAUUUGGUGAUACUAUUGUGGCAACGAACCCUUUUGACGAUACUCCACCUCAAAUGUCAAGUUCAAUGUCAGCAAUGAAUCAUAUGGGCGCUCCACCGGGUCAUUUUGGCCCCAGCGCUCAUAUGGGAAUGGGUGGUCCACACGGUCCGCCGCACAUGCAUCCACAUAUGCAUCCACAUCAUCCUGGCGGUCCUCCGCAUCAUCAUCCUAUGAGUGGAUCGCCAAUGCGUGGCAUGAGCCCAAUGGGAAUGGGGAGUCCCUUAGGGGGACCAGUCCAUGGUCCCAUGGGUGCUGGUGUAGGGCUCCCACCACAUAUGAACCAUGGUCGGCCAGGAGGCCCUCCAAUGGGUUCUAUGGGCGGAAUGGUUGGAAUGGGUGGCAUGAGUCCUAUGGGAGGCAUGGGUCCUAGUAUAUCACCACACCAUAUGGGCAUGGGUGGCCUCUCACCGAUGGGUGGGCCUGGACCAAAUGGUCCCCGUACUAUGGGUUCGCCCAUGCAAGGUGGUCCUGGUCCUGGACAAGGGUCGCCCAUGAACUCACUGCCAAUGGGAUCACCAAUGAGCGCUGCUAUGGGUAGCCCAAUUGGUCCACCACCGUCUCAUCAACAAUCAGGACCACAACAGGGGUCCCAGUCUCAAAGUCAAAAUCAACCUCCGCCUCACAUGAAUAAUGGACAAAUGGGUCCACCAAUGCACAGUCCUUUAGGUAAUGGCCCCGCGAAUCAAAUGUCCGGUGGCCCAGGUCCUGGACCUGGACCUGGCGGCCAACUGCAACCUCCCGGUAUGCCAAAUCAUGGUGGUAUGUCUCCCGCUCACAGUAUGGCCUCGAAUCCCAAUAAUAACAGCAAUAACCCUAAUAACAACAAUAAUAAUAGCAAUAGCAAUCAGAAUCAGCAGAAUCCAUUACUUUCGCCUGCAGCGGGACGCUUGGGGAUACCACCUUCACCUUCAUCUAAUAUAACAUCGAAUGGUCCUUUAGCACCUGUGUCAUCAAGCUCAACUUCCUCCUGCACGUCUUCAGCCUCGGCAACAACGACGUCUACUGCGCCCACGACAGUGCCUACAACUUCGCCAGCGCCCGGCAACGGUCAAGCUGCCAUGUCUCCACAUCAUUCAAUGAGUGGGAGUGCCGGCAGUGGACCAGGUCCAGGGCCUAGCCCAGGUCCGGGUCCAGGCGGCAUGAAUAACAUUGGCGGACAUGGGCCAAGUCCGCUAACUUCUCCAGCAUUGCCAGGGAAUGUAAAUAACAACGGCGGCAAUGGUCCUCUUAAUAACAUGGGUGGUGCUAGUCCUGUUAGUGGUUGCGGUCCGAUGGGCGGUAAUAAUAGUGGAGUUCUCAUGAAUCACAUGCAUGGUAAUAAUAAUAAUAGUAAUGGUCCGUCCUGUCCUCCAGGCGGAUCGGCAGGUGGUCCACAUAGUGGGGGACCAAUGCAUCAGCAAAUGCAUCCUAAUGUUCCUAUGCAACAACCUCAACAAUCGCCCCAUGGUAAUAUUCAACCCAACAAUGCCGGACCUGGCAAUGCCGGUAUGCAUAACAACAGCAUGGCAGGCCCAGGACCCGGAUCAAAUCAGAUGCUACCUCCUCAACAACCGCCGUCCUCCCAUUCGCAUCUCAGUGGCUUACCACAUUCUCAGCUUAUGAAUCAUCAUCAUCACGGAGGUCCUGGAGGAGGUCAUCAGUCACAUAUGAUGCACGGACCAAUGGGAGGCAUGGGUCCCCAUAUGGGAGGCCCUUCUAAUCAUAUGAGCGGACCGCAUCCGAUGAUGGGUGGUGGUCCUCACAUGGGUCCCGGAGCAGGGGCGGGACUUGGACCUGGCAACAUGAAUGGGCCUCACCACCAUGGUCCCCAUCCGCACGGACCGCACCACGGAAUGCCACCACAUCCCCACCAUAAUCCAAUGAGCGGUCCAUCCGCCAUGUUUGGCGGCCCUGGUGGAGGUCACAUGGGACCAAUGGGUCGCCCAAUGGGCAACCAUCCCAUGAAUGCAGGAGGUCCACCAAAACCAAUGUCUAUGGGUGCCGGAAAAAUGUAUCCACCUGGUCAACCAAUGAUAUUUAAUCCGAAUAAUCCCAAUGCACCGCCAAUAUAUCCUUGUGGCAUUUGUCACAAGGAAGUCAACGAUAACGAGGAAGCGAUUUUCUGUGAAUCGGGAUGUAAUUUUUUCUUUCAUCGAACAUGUGUUGGUUUGUCGGAUGCUGCUUUUAAAAUGAUAACUAAAGAAGUUUUCGCCGAAUGGUGUUGUGACAAUUGUCUGUCUUCCAAGCACAUACCGAUGGUAAAAUUUAAAUGUUAAAUCACUUAGCGUAACAAGUAAAAGUGGAAACGCAGUACAUAAUGCAUGCAACACUAAGGACUGCCUUGUCUGUAAAAAGUUAGAAAAAUAUUUAUAUAAAGCUCAUGUAAGUGUAUUAGAAAUCUUUUUUUCAACUACAACGAUAAAGAUGAUUUAGUUAAUAUGUAAUGAUCACACUUAACACUUGACGGAACAAUCACAAAAACGAGAAGCCCAGAAAUUGUUUUGAAAAAAUCUAUAAAGAUAAAAGAAUAAAUUUGCACUAACGGUGUACAGUAAGCAAAUUGGGAAAGAAAAAUGUUUAAAACUUUAAUAAAUUUGAUAAGAAAAAAAGCAAAUUACAAUUGUGUAUAUUAAAUA